AUGUCGAUCAAGCUUCUCGCUCUUGUUUUCUCUGCUCUGAUAAUCUUCACGAGACCCAAAUUGAUCGUCGAUACUCACUUAUCUACGAGAAUCUCUCCGUUUCCUUCCCAAUCUUAUCCGAUUCCGCCGUUUAUACCUCCGUCGUCGCCACCACUCACAUCCCGAUCUCCGGCGGUUGAUUCGCUUUUCCCUCGCGUACCGGCUUUGUUCGUGUUCGGAGAUUCCUCUGUAGAUUGUGGAACCAAUAACUUUCUUGGGACUUUAGCGAGAGCAGAUCGGCUUCCGUACGGUAGGGAUUUCGAUACGCAUCAACCAACGGGGAGGUUUUGCAAUGGGAGAAUCCCCGUCGAUUUUCUAGCUAAUCGUCUAGGUCUGCCAUUCGUUCCUAGCUAUCUUGGACAAAGUGGGACUAUUGAAGCCAUGUUUCAAGGCGUGAACUACGCAUCAGCUGGUGCUGGAAUCAUCUUGUCUAGUGGAUCAGAACUAGGCCAAAGGGUUUCGUUCGCGAUGCAGAUUGAGCAGUUUGUUGAUACAUUCCAGCAGAUGAUACUGCGUAUUGGGGAGGAAGCAUCGGAUCGUCUGGUCUCGAAUUCGGUUUUCUACAUAUCGAUUGGAGUGAAUGAUUACAUACAUUUCUACAUCAGAAACAUCUCCAAUGUGCAGAAUCUCUAUACUCCAUGGAAUUUUAAUCAGUUCUUGGCUUCCAACAUGAGACAGGAGCUCAAGACCUUGUACAAUGUCAAGGUUAGGAGGAUGGUGGUGAUGGGGUUGCCACCGAUUGGCUGUGCACCGUACUACCUGUGGAAAUACAGAAGCCAGAACGGAGAAUGUGCAGAGGAAAUAAACAGCAUGAUCAUGGAAUCAAACUUUGUCAUGAGAUACACUGUAGAUCAGCUCAACCGUGAGCUUCAUGGCGCAUCCAUUAUCUACUGCGACGUGUUCCAAAGCGCAAUGGACAUCCUCAAGAACCACCAACACUACGGUUUUAAUGUGACUACAGAGGCGUGUUGUGGGCUAGGGAGGUACAAAGGAUGGCUUCCGUGCGUCUCACCGGAGAUGGCUUGCUCAGACGCCACUGGACAUCUCUGGUGGGAUCAGUUUCAUCCUACCGACGCCGUUAACGCCAUCCUCGCCGACAAUGUAUGGAAUGGUCGCCACGUCGACAUGUGUUACCCUACUAACCUAGAAACAAUGCUUCAUUCUUAA